CUCUAUAUAUAUCAGUUGAAUGAACAGUGAUGAGUGUGGAAAGGUCUAGAGAGAUGGGUAAGGAAGUGGGAGCACCAUUGCUAACAAAGAGUGAAGAGAAUAAUGGAGUUGGAAUGGUAUCAUCAUCAGAUAGUAGUACAUUUUGUCAAGAACUCAAGAGGGUAAGUUCCAUGGCAGCUCCAAUGGUAGCUGUCACGGUGUCUCAGUACCUUCUGCAAGUGGUGUCGCUUAUGAUGGUUGGACACCUUGGGAUACUUGUCUCUUUCUCUGGGGUUGCCAUUGCUACCUCUUUUGCUGAAGUUACCGGGUUCAGUGUCCUUUUGGGAAUGGCUGGUGCAUUGGAAACUUUAUGCGGACAAACAUAUGGUGCAGAGGAAUUUGGAAAGCUUGGAAACUACACUUGCUGUGCAAUUGUGACUCUGAUUUUGGUUUGUCUACCGAUAUCUCUAGCGUGGACAUUCACUGAUAAAAUACUCUUGCUAUUUAGUCAAGACCCUCAAAUUUCUCAUGUAGCUCGUGAGUACUGCAUGUACCUCAUUCCUGCACUAUUUGGCUAUGCUGUUCUUCAAUCUCUGAUUCGGUACUUCCAGACUCAGAGUAUGAUCUUUCCCAUGGUUUUGAGCUCAAUUGCCUCUCUGUGUUUGCAUGUUCCUAUUUGUUGGGGUCUGGUGUUUAAGUUGGGACUAGGACACGUUGGAGCAGCAUUAGCUAUUGGAAUUUCAUAUUGGUUGAAUGUCAUUGGCCUUGGAAUUUAUAUUAAGUAUUCUCCAGCAUGUCAAAAAACCAAGAUUGUCUUUUCUAGUACUGCAUUACUAAGCAUUACAGAGUUCUUCCAAUAUGCUAUCCCUUCUGGACUCAUGUUUUGUUUUGAAUGGUGGUCCUUUGAGCUACUUACAUUACUUGCGGGGCUUUUACCAAAUCCUCAACUCGAAACCUCAGUUCUUUCAGUCUGCCUUAACACAACCACAUUGCACUACUUCAUUCCUUACGCUGUUGGAGCUUCUGCAAGUACUCGGGUUUCAAAUGAAUUAGGAGCAGGGAAUCCAAAGAAAGCACAAGGUGUUGUUCGUGUGGUUGUUAGUAUUGUCAUUGCGGAGGCAAUUAUUGUCAGCACUUUUUUCGUUUGUUGCCGACAUAUAUUAGGAUAUGCUUAUAGCAAUGAUAUGGAAGUUGUGGAUUACGUUGCAGACAUGGUUCCCCUUCUUUGUGUGUCUGUUAGUGCCGAUAGUCUAAUUGGAGUACUCUCCGGAAUUGCCAGAGGUGGAGGAUUUCAACAAAUAGGGGCUUAUGUCAACCUUGGAGCCUAUUAUCUUGUGGGAAUUCCAAUAGCUUUGUUAUUGGGUUUUCAUCUAAAACUAAGAGCCAAGGGGCUUUGGAUGGGAACUCUAUCAGGGUCUGUUCUACAAUUAAUUAUACUUGCCAUUGUAACAGCAUUAACAGAUUGGCAGAAAGAGGCAACAAAAGCAAGGGAAAGAGUAGUUGAGAAGUCAGUAAAAACUCAUAAUGCAUUGGUAUGAAGUUUAAAGGAACUGAAGAAUAAACGAGUGGAAGACAUAUUAAAGUACAGACAAUAUGCUGUCUUUUGUUUUCUAGCUUUUUUUGGUUUUUGUCUGACAAUAAGAUUCUUUCGUGUUAAAAUUUCACCUGAUGUCAUGUGAUAUUUUUGUAUGUAUCUCUCUUUUUACGUGCAUUAAAUAGAUGAGGUCUAAUCUUCAUUAAUGAAGAAAGAAAUAGACACAAAAAUUUCACGUGAUCAGAUCGUGUGAAAUUUUAACACGAGAGGAUAUAUUCUCGGAAAAUUGAGAGAUAGAGGAUAGUGUGUUAGGUUUCUUUAUGGGUGUGUUUUGCUUUUUUAUCUUUUGCUGCCUUUUCUUUGUGGGUGUUGAAGUGUUUGUUUUGUGUGGUGUGUGAAGAGAUUAACAUAGACAACUUUGUUUGUAUAUAUAUCAUGUGAUUUUUGUACUGGAUUUGUGCUUAUGAGGUAUGAUAAAUCAGA